AUGUCGAAAGCUAAAGGAGCCUUUGCCACCUUACUCUCGAGUCCGACUUACGUCGCAGGCACACUUGUCCUCGAUUAUACGUUGAGGGAGGUAGGGUCUAAAUACCCGCUUGUGGUUAUGGUCUCCAGCGGAGUGCCAAAGGAAUGCCUCGAUGUCCUUGCAAUACGAAAAAUAAAGACGAUACCUGUUGAGAGGCUCACACCGAAGGUGGAGGGCUCUGCUAUUCUGGACGAAAGGUUCUCGGAUACUUGGUGCAAACUUGCGGCUUUCAAUUUAGUAGACUACGAGCGAGUCGUAUUAUUGGAUUCGGACAUGAUAGUUCGGAAGAGCAUGGACGAGCUCAUCGAAAUGCCCCUUAAUGAUGGCUGGAUAGCAGCUGUGCAUGUAUGCGCGUGCAACCCUCGAAGGAUCGACUAUUACCCAGCAGAUUGGAUCCCAGAGAACUGUGCCUUUUCGAGCAUUCCAUACCCACCUGAGAUCAAAGAAGGCUGCCCGCGCCCAUACACGCUCUUAAACUCCGGUACCGUCGUCCUCACACCAUCGACGCAGACGUUCAGAGAAAUCGAACAUCAUCUAGCUACGUCUCCUUCAGUAGAGAAAUACCGCUUUCCUGAUCAGGAUCUACUUGCGGAGUUCUUCUACGGCAAGUGGAAGCCUCUACCCUACACGUUCAAUGCACUCAAGACACUGCGCGUAAUCCAUGAGAAACUCUGGCGGGACGAAGACAUCCGGUGUGUCCAUUAUAUUCUGGGGGACAAGCCCUGGAAGAAAAGGCCGAAUCGUGAGGAAGGGAAGCAGGGUCCUCACUAUGAAGUGAAUUCGUGGUGGUGGGACGCUUAUUUCCGACUUCAGAGAGAAAUCGAAAGGGUGAGGACGGAAGACAACGAGAAGGCUUUGGGGUAUGUAGAACAGUAUGUUGCGGCGUAA